ACGAAGCUUUGGCAUCGAUUGCGGAUCUAGUUUCGUCUGCAGGUAUGUCGGUGUCCAUCGAUUAUUUUUGGUCUAGUCGUCUCUCUGCUGGUGAGAUUACAUAAAGGCAAAGCGAUAACGCUGGAAACAGAAACAGAUGGUGUUCUGGUAUAUUUAUCGUUUUCAAUUUUUUUUUUUUUUCACAUUUUCCUCAUCUAUGCAUUCAUAAUUCUAACUAAAAGUAAUUCGUUUUUACUUUUAGUUCUCGGAAUACAUCAUUAUCGAGAAUUUAUCUGAUAGCAAAUGCAGAAGUUCGAAACUUUUUCGUAGGUUUUUGAGGUUUUGAUAAGAUAGUUCUUUUUAGGCGAAAUUAGUCGAAUUUCCUACAGGAAAUUAACCAAGAGAAGCGUUAGAAUAAAUAACCGGUUGUAAUUAGUCAGAUAUUUGUCUUUUCUGUUGAUGGGCAUGUGCAGUGAGGAAAAAACAGUCAGUUUUCGGUUCAAUAAUCCAGUAGCAAUUAGACCUGUCGGUUCAUGUUUUAAGCUCUUGUAUUCAUGGUUUAAUGACUGGCGAGGAAAUGACCCUUUCCUGUUGAUGUCAGAAAAAGAUUAUAUUUACUAGAUAUGAAUCGUUCAUUCUAAGUUUUUUUUGUCAUUUCUCUGGGACCGCCUCUAUUCUUCAGCGACGGCUUAGGUUCGCACUGACCCAAAUGCGUGAUAGACUCUCGUAAACACGUAGAAAUAUUUUCUCAAUGGAGCCAUCAGAAUGAAGAAGGCGAAUUUCCUUCGCACAAAUAAAACUCUUCCUUGUGACAUCAGUUGAAAGAGAAGCAUUGUUGUGAGUCAUAGCGUCCUAUUUUGGCAACACCUGUACUUCUUUGGAUUAAUUCCAGUCAGGUCACGUGAUGCCGGCUGUGACCUUUUUGCUUCUUGCGCCCCGAUAAUUAUGCCGAGUGGAUUUAAACAUAACGCUACGAGAGAUAAACGAGGUCAGGCGUGAGACUCCCUCGCAGCAGCGAGACAGCGUGUGACAAUGACCAGAGAGAGAUACUCGGAUUUUGAAGGAGGUACUCGAGGUAACUCGACCCUUAGAGACCGGUCGACUAAAUAGGGUCAGAUGCUUUUAUCCCCAAAUAAACGUAACCGAAACAGAUCGGCGUGUCGGUCAAGUCCAUUGAAGCAGUUUAAAUGCAUUUCCGACGAUACGAUAGGGAAGAAUUCCAGCUAAUCUGGCUAAACGACGUAUCCCUCUCGGACGUAAUCGCUCCGUUAUCUCACCGGUGGAGUCGCUCUGCACCAAAAUGCCUACCGGUGCACGCCAUCCCGCUACUUGUUUUAUCGUCUACGCUAGAUAAAUUGAAACUGCACGGGGAAAGAAAAGUAAACACAUACCACGUGCUGUAUCGUGGUGACAGUUUUGCCUCGGGACCACAAUCGAUUGGCGAUCCACCUACUCCGUCUCGCGUGGUUUUUGUCAGGACGUGACGUCACAUUAGAGGCGGUGUAAAACCGGAAGUGGUCGGAGGUAGGCUUUAUUGGGGGUGUGUGGCGCACGCGACUGCUCCUCUCUUCUUUGUGUUCGAGACAACGUAAAACAUCUGAGGGCGGAGCCUGAACGUGACGUCACAAGCAGAGUAGUGGUGUCGGGCGAGAAGUAAUAUUGGACAACAGAGAUGGGGAGACUCACCAUCGGGACUGUGGUGGUGUUAGCUGCUAUCGUCCCGCAGGUGUUGGCUUCGGGUGUUUUCGAACUCCGACUUGGAACUUUCACAAACGAUGAAGGAAGAUUAGCUGAAGGAAAUUGUUGCGGUGCAUGCCCAGGUGUAUGUGCAACUAUGUUUCGAAUUUGCUUGAAGCAUUAUCAGACCACUAUUGAUCCAAAUUCACCGUGUACCUUCGGCGAAAGCGUAACUCCAAUUUUGGGUAAUAACAGUGUUUACUUGGUUGAUCAGACCACUCCUGGAUUUAACAACCCUAUCAAAUUUCCGUUUAAUUUUUCCUGGCCGGGUACUUUUUCUCUUAUUGUCGAAGCCUGGCAUAGUAAUACCACAACAGGUGAAGGUGAAACCAGGUCUCUUAUAACGCGACUCACGACUCAAAGAUGGUUAGAAGUCAGGCCGGAAUGGACUCAAGACAUAUAUAGCACAAACCAUACUAGCAUGAUUUAUUCAUAUCGAGUCACCUGCGACGAGAAUUAUUACGGGACGUCUUGCGAGAAACUUUGUCGUCCAAGAGACGAUAAGUUUGGUCAUUACACCUGUAACUCAAAUGGCGACCAAGUGUGCUUGACCGGAUGGUCUGGAGAGUAUUGUUUGAAACCUGUCUGCUUACCUGGCUGCCACGAACAACAAGGUUAUUGUAACCAACCGAACGAAUGCAAGUGCCGCAUCGGUUGGCAAGGAUGGAUGUGUGACCAAUGUAUUCGUUACCCCGGUUGUAUACACGGUACGUGCAAUCAACCCUGGCAAUGCAAUUGCGAUGAAGGUUGGGGUGGAUUGUUCUGUAAUCAAGAUUUGAACUACUGCACGAAUCAUAAACCUUGCAAAAACGGUGGUACUUGUACCAAUACCGGUCAGGGUUCUUACACUUGCACCUGUCUCCAAGGUUUCACUGGCACUAAUUGUGAUACUCAUCUCGAUGCAUGCUUACAUCAACCGUGUCUUAAUGGAGGAACUUGUAGGAGCACAGAAAGGAAUUACACGUGCGAAUGCUCCCUGGGUUAUUAUGGACGCCACUGUGACACAACAGCUAGCACUUGUACUGAGAAUCCGUGCUUGAAUGGAGGCACUUGUAUUGAUGAUGGGAACGGCUUUCGAUGUCUUUGCCUGGGUAAUUACGAAGGAGCACGAUGCAAUGUUCUCAAGUCAACAUGCGAUGAAAAUCCAUGUCUUAAUGGUGGAAGCUGUACGGUUACGGAUAAUUCAUAUGUUUGCGAAUGUGCAAACGGUUUUACAGGAAACAACUGUGAGCAAAAGAACGACGAAUGUUCUUCCAAUCCUUGUGAGAACGGCGGUGUUUGUGUGGAUGGCAGGUGCCUGUGCGUCCCCGGCUAUGUGGGAACUUCCUGCCAGACAAACGUAGACGAUUGUCUCACAAAGCCGUGUGCUAACGGUGGUACCUGCUACGAUCAGAUCAACGACUACAGCUGCGUCUGUCAACCCGGUUUCACCGGCAAGGAUUGCUCCGUGAAUAUAGAUGACUGCAGUUCCAAUCCUUGUCAAAACGGGGGGACGUGCGAGGAUCGCGUCAUGGAAUACGUGUGUGUGUGUCCUACAGGAUACAGCGGUGCUCUAUGCGAAAUAUCUCCUUCUGGAAAUGCCGUGGAACCCCUUCAUCAUGGUGACAGUGCAGUGUCGCAUCAAGUGUCUGAAGUGAUGUCCGGCAAACAAGUGGCUCUGAUAGCCACUCUGUCUUCUGCUGUUCCCUUUAUUGUGUGUUUAGCCAUGUUAGUGAUUUUAUGUUUGAGAUAUAAAAAGAAACGCGAUCAAAGACGACAGGAAGAAGAAAUGAAGAGACAGAACGAGCAGAACAGUAUGAACAAUAAAUAUGCAGAUAAACAAAUAUAUAACACAUUAGACAGACCUAAAAAUUUAAAACUGACCAACGAAGAAACGUUGGCUUAUACAAAAGAAUUACAACGAACUAAAUCAGUGAAAUUAUUAAAUACAGCUCAAGAUAGAGACUGGCUUUGCAAACAAAAUACGAUGGAUAGAAGACAUCCGACAGCCAGCACUAGUCACAGUGAGAGGCGGCCUCAAGAUCCCAGUAUAUAUGUGAUAGAAGUUCAAGAUCCGACAACGCAUCCAAGAGUAGAAAAGAUGCUUGCUACGGAAGUCUGAACACGUCUAAACAAAGAUUUUAAGUGCAAGUGCCUUGCUUCUGUAUAGUAUUUUGUAUCAUUGUACAGUCCGCGAGCUCUCAGAUACCUCCGCCCUUCUCCUUUAUUUAUGUGUGUGUGCGAGAGAGACAUUGUUUCAUUGAUAUUUUUAAGAUGCUCUUUUUAGAAGUCAGGGUUCGUUUCAGUUUCAAAUGUUUUUAGUCACUGGUAGUACGCACAGAUCGACACAUCAGAGUUCUAAUAAUGUAUAGUUCGGUUGUGUACAUAAAUGUCUGUAUUUAUAAAUUUCAUGCUGUACAUAUAAACAUCCAACAUCUUGUCAAAGAAAAAAUAAAAGUCCUGGACGUGUAUUUUUGUAACA